UUACGUCAUCCGAAAACUCAAAAAUCGAGUCAUAACAACAACAAAACAAUCCACUCCCACGACAAAAUCGAUCCAACAACUUUUCAGCCAUCAGGAAAAAAUUUCCCGUGAAAAAUGUCACAAGAAGUCGAAGACACACUAAAACGCAUCCAAUCGCACAAGGGCGUCGUCGGCACAAUUGUCGUCAACAACGAGGGCAUUCCGGUGAAAAGUACGCUCGAUAAUACGUCAACGGUGCAAUAUGCGGGUCUCCUCAGUCAAUUAUCGGACAAGGCACGCUCCGUGGUACGAGAUUUGGACCCGUCGAACGAUCUGACAUUCCUUCGUGUGCGUUCCAAGAAACACGAGAUCAUGGUAGCGCCCGACAAAGACUUCAUCCUUAUUGUGAUUCAGAACCCCACGGAUUAGAUUUGAACAUUUUUUCGAAAAAAAAAUUUUUUUUUGGAUCCUUGAUGGAUGAAACUCACUAAUUUGUAUUAUUAUUUAAGAAAAUAUCGAUUUUUUUCGCAUUAAAAUCAUAAAAAAUUAAUUUUGAAAAAAAUAAAUU